AUGGAGGGGUCCAAUACGGUGGAUGUGAGCUGGCUCCAUCAUUCACAUCGAGCGGAUCAGAUACAGCGGACCAAAUCUGCCACCUCCUCAGUACACGAAAAGACUGACGGACAGGAGAAUCCCAAACUUGAACGAAGCGGCUCGGAUAAGCCAUCACAACGAUUACCCGAUGACCCCCCGCAAUCUACGAGUAAUUCCCAGCAAAAACCCAACAGUACUACUACAGAGCAACCGCCGUCUAAUGCGCGCAAUGCGCCGGAGAAGAAACCAGCAAAUCCCACAGCCACACCCGUCAAAGGAAGUGCUCCAAAAUCUGUACCGGGAAGGCGGAAUUCAUGGAUAUCAUCGAUCAGCUCCAAAUUCUCUACAGGGACAACGCCACCAGGACAAGGCGCUGUUCUUCACGCCUUACCAAAGAUGAGUCCACCGGUCAAACCAGAUAUCAAUCCUUUUGGUGCUUCGUUUUCUCCUAAAGAUAAAGAUGCGAUCACUGGCGAGUCGCCCAAUACUUUUACGUCCACAACAUCUUCUCCAAAGAAUCCGUCGUUCUUACAGAAUGCGUUUCGGAAGUUUUCAUCCGGUGGGGCUGGAAUGGGAAAGUCAACAAACAACGGUGGUAUAUGCGAGCGCCGGAUAAUGAAUGUCGAUCCCAAUCGAGACAGAUGCAAGGUUCCGGAAUUAAGUCAAGGAAAACUGAAGCGGGUUGCGUUUUGUGUUGAUGUUGAAAUAGCCGGCUUUGCUUCGCGCGACGAUGAUGAGAUGACUCGGCGUGAACCCAGUAAUGUGCCUACUUCGCAGGCGUCGAAGCUGAAGACCAAGGAAAGGAGCGAAGGAUCAGUUUUGAAGAAUCCCGAGGCUGCCCCGGAAGUUGUAAAUCAGCCAAAACUCAACGAUGUCGAUCAAAUACCGCCAACUCCGGCCACGAAUGUUGACGCUACCGCGGAUGGGCGGACCAAAGAGCCCACCAAGAAACAGGAAAAGAAGAAACGCUCAGAAGAGGAACGAAAGGAGCGCAAAGAGAGGAAGAGGAGACAGGCAGAGGAGAAUGGGACUAUUCCUAUGCAGUUUAGACAAGGGGAAGACGAACAGUCCGCUUCGCCAUCCGCAGCACCAAGCGGUUCGCGCUCCAAGACACAGAGCCAUCCUACCACGGACCCUGUGCGUAUUUAUCGCCGUUGCUGUCAGCUCCGUGAAACCCCAGUUUUGAAAAAGCUUGUGGAGCAAAUGACUUCACCAUCAUCAACACUUGUUGAGGCUCCUGGUACUGUGGCCGUGUUGGAUUUAAGCGAUUUUCCCAUGACGCUGCAAGAUAUCGUUACUUUUAGUGAUUGGCUUGCAAUUGUACCUGUACGAAAGUUGAUACUUGAGAAUUGUGGCCUUACAGACGAAGGGGUGCGCUCAAUUUUGGCAGGACUGUUGUCCACAAAGACCAUGCAACAAGCUCGAAACCGACGCCGAUCUACGAAAGAAACACUUGCAUCUGUGCCUCCGCUUUUUGGGGUAGUGGAAAAAGUCUCGUUGAAAGAUAAUACCAAGAUUGGCCCCGAAGGUUGGCGUCAUAUUUGUCUAUUCAUCCAUCUCUCUAAAUCGCUCAAAGCGAUUGAUCUCUCAGGCAUCCCUUUUCCGAAGAAAAUCGCCGAUUGUCCAAGCCCUCUAAAAGCGGGUGAUCUGGGGACGACUCUCGCAAGGUCACUUACGACCCGUUUCGGUGGCGAUUACCUUGAGGAAUUACUCCUCAGCGAGUGCCAACCGUCGACCGAAGAUAUAGAAAAAAUAUGCAAUGCUGCUGCAGUUGUCAAACUGAGACGGUUGGGUUUGGCGAAUAAUAAUAUAACUCGCGAGGGUUUGGAGCACGUUGUCCGCUAUCUUCGAUCUGGCCAGUGUGAGGGAAUUGAUCUCGGAGGAAACGAUUUGCACGAACAUCUAAGUCUGCUGGCUGAUGCCAUUGAUUCAGAAAACCCUUUGAUAGCAUUGAGUCUGGCAGACUGUUCAUUGACACCGGCUACAAUAUUCCCUCUACUCCAAGCUUUUCCAACUCUGCCCAACUUCCGAUUCAUCGACUUUUCACAUAACCCAGCACUAUUCACCACCCAACCGGACUGUCUCUCUAUGCUUAGGAAAUUUCUACCUAGGAUGGAAGCUUUGAAACGCAUACAUUUGGCGGAUGUGGAUCUUUCACCUGACCAUGCAAUCGCCCUUGCGGAGGUGUUGCCUGAAUGUCCUAGCCUUUCUCAUUUGAAUAUCUUGGAGAAUCCAAAGAUUGCAAGCCUUGGGUCAUCUAGCGACCCUGCUGACCAAGAGGAGGCAUGUGCUGUGUAUGCCUCAUUGAUGGCAGCUGUUCGUGUUUCUCGUACUCUCAUUGCAGUGGACAUUGAAGUGCCCUGCGCAGAGAGCAAUGAGGUUGUCAGAGCGUUGGCCUCUCAGAUCGUGGCCUAUUCUCUUCGAAACCUUGGUGCUCUCGAGGAACUCAGCGAUGCCAGUCAAAUUCAACGCUCAGAAGUGCCUAUUCCCGAAGUCCUUCAGCACCUCGUGGGACAUUCUGGUCCCGUUACACCCACCGAAGAUGAACCUACACCAAAUGAAGAUUACGUUAUUGGAGGAUCAGGGGUCGUUAAAGCACUUGGUGUGUGUCUCGGCAACCUUGAUCGUCAACAAGCUGAAAUCGGAGGAGGGUCACGACCGGGAAGUGGUCGCUCAACACCUGUUCCGCAAGUCACGUCCUCUAUUCAUAAGACGAAGAAGGCGCGGGAUAUGUCGAAGAACCUGCUUGGAUCUGCACGUAACAUUCAAGCUAGAAUCAAAAUCGCGCUUGUUCGGGAGGAUAGGGCUGGCAAUGAUGCCAACUACAGGCGGUUGCAAUUCCUUGACCAAACCCUCCAAAAGAUCAUUUCGCGUUUCGAAGAAGAGUUCCCGGAGUGCCGUGUAUCCACAGACAACCAGACUGAGGAAACUUCAUCCCAGCGGUCUAGCGAAGACAUCCACGAACCAAUCGCAGCAGUUGAUACUGCUGUUUACAUUCCUGAUAUUUCUACUGCGGAGGAUGAAGAGGCAGAUCCAUUUGCUAUCCGCCUAUCCCGCCGUGGCUCCAAUACCUCACUUCACUCUCGAGCACUAACAUCAGAAGAAGGUCGUCUUCACAGGAUCAGUCAAAAUCUUCGAAGAGACUUCCUCAACCCAUCACUCAUUGCUCCUGAAGCUGGAGGCGUCGUAUCCGGCGACGACUCCCAUAUCAAUGCCCUCCGUGAGAAACUUGAGAAUCUCAAAGGGGACGAGAAAAUGGGUACUCACCCCGAGAGCGUUGGAGCCGACAAGGCUUUCCACGAACUGGGCUCGACGGUGGAAGAAUUGUGGAUCAUACAGCAGCAAGAUCAGGAUGCAUUUGAGCGGUGGAAGCAAAGUCAAAUCGCCGCUCAGAUCAAUGCCGGUCUGAGAUCGCCUCCAUCUCACGAUGAAGAGUCUUCAUCGCAGCUCAGCAAGUGA